AUGAAGGCUGUCAUUCAACGCGUCCUUGGCGGGUCUGUCACAGUGGGCGAUGAAGUCGUUGGUGAGAUCGGUCGCGGAAUUGCCGUUCUGGUUGGCUUCCAUCGUGACGACAACAUGGAUGAUCUGAAUUACAUAGCUCGGAAGCUGCUCAGCUUGCGACUGUGGCCAAGCGAGGAUGGACAAAAGACGUGGGAUCGAAGCGUCAAGGAGAUUGAUGGUGGCAUUCUCUUGAUUUCACAGUUUACUCUUAUGCACGUUCUGAAAGGAAACAAGCCAGACUUUCACUUGGCCAUGAAUCCAGAGGGGGCAUUGAAUAUGUUCAAUCGAUUACGCGACACUCUGGGAGAAAGCUACCUGCCCGACAGAAUCUCGGCGGGUAGGUUCCAGGCAUACAUGAAGAUCAACUUGACGAACGAUGGACCUGUAACCAUCCAGCUUGAUAGUCGCCACAAGCAAUGA